AUGGCUGCUCAGACACUUUCUGUGCUACCAAUAAUACCUUCGCAAACUUGCAAGAAGCCCAUUGAGAGUUCCUUGAUUCUCAAGCCUGGGAGUCUGUCAAAUUCUUUUAUUGGUACGAAGCUUUCGAUUCAAUCAUCGAAUUUUUCAAUUUUAGCUGCAAAACGACGUAGUUCUACUGUUGCCACUGUCCUGUUCAGUCUCCCCACUGGAAAACAGGAGAGAAAUACAUCUGAAGGAAAACCUAAAUGGGCAGCCAGGGCAAUAAAGUCAUUCGCAAUGGCGGAGUUGGAGGCCAGGAAAUUCAAGUACCCAAACACUGGAACUGAAGCUUUGCUAAUGGGCAUUUUGGUUGAAGGAACUAGUUUGGCUGCAAAGUUUUUGAGGGAAAAUGGCAUUACACUUUUCAAGGUGCGAGAAGAAACUUUGAAAUUGCUUGGAAAAUCUGACAUGUAUUUCUUCAGUCCCGAGCAUCCUCCCUUGACUGAACCAGCUCAAAGGGCUCUUGAUUGGGCAUUAGAUGAAAAAUUGAAGUCAGGUGAAAGUGGGGAAGUAACAACGACACAUUUACUACUUGGUAUUUGGUCAGAAAAGGAAGCUGCAGGGCACAAGAUACUGGCUGCACUUGGAUUUGACGAUGAGAAGGCUAAAGAGCUGGCAAAAUCUAUGGACAAGGAUAUUGUUUUGAGCUUCAAGUAG